AUGGUUGAUGCUCCUACUCCUUUUCAAUCAGCACAUCAACAACACCCAUCCUCUUCUCUACGAUGGAGCCAUCACCAUACCAUUGUUUCUGAUAUGGAUCAGCCAUUGCCUUUAUCAACAUCGAUUUACUCUAUGGCAUCGGACCCAUCUUAUGACAUGACCACAAAAAUGCCUCAACAAAUGCCAAACGUGUCUACACGAUGGCUUGACCCCCAAACGCCAGAUACAAUGACAGCCUUAUGGUCAUCCUGUGGUGCUGAAAAGAUGCACGUCAAUGAUGAUGAUGAUACCAAAUUCCACAUGAUCGAUGCCCCCUUCCCCACGAGCAGUUGCAGUUACACCGCGCAUGAUGAUGAUAGCCCUGCUGGCAUGAUGAUGUCUACUACUACUCGUAUAAGCAAGAGCGAGACGACAUUGACAUUAGGAAAGCAAAAACACGGUGCUGAUGACUACUUUACCCAUCGACGCUUCACAUCUCCAUCCUUGUUGUCAUCCAUUGAUGCAAGCAAUACGAGUGACAAGUGCAAUGCAAAACGACCACAUUUACGACGUCACUCCACAAGCAGCAGCGGUAGCAGCAGCAGCAACAGCAGCACUACUACUAGUGGCGGCGGGGGCGUAAAGUCCCAUGAAUGUGGCUAUUGCUUACGUACAUUUGCACGACGCCAUGACUUGGAGCGCCAUACACGCGUACAUACAGGUAUCAAGCCCUAUGUAUGUCCAUGCUGUCUCAGGGCAUUCAUCCGUUCUGAUGCACGAGGACGUCACUUUCGCAGCGAAAAAGCUUGUCGUGGGGGACCAGAGAUUUUAGCCUUUAUCAAGCGCAACAUCCGUAACACCCUUUAG